AUGAUACUAAGACCGAUAAUAAUGUAUGCUCAUCCAGUAUGGUGUAGCGCAGCACCAACUAAUAUUAAGCCUUUACAAAUAUUUCAAAAUAAGUGCCUUAGAUUAAUACUAUCAAAAGAUAGAUACGCUAGGAUAAGUGAUAUGCAUGAUGAGACUGCAUUACCAAAGAUACUUGAGUAUGCCAAAGAAUUAGGAGAAAGAUUUUAUCGAGAACAAUUAAACAACAAUGAGCUCACUACAGAAAUCGCUUAUAAGGACGUUAUUCUAUUAGAUUUGUUUUUCCAUCACUCUCUUAGGUAUUUGGGCCAUUGUCCCGUGGUCAACGUAGGAGUAUUUUAUUCGGCUUGGAUUUUAUUAGAAACAAAUCGCAUUCUGGAAAGACACGAGGUGCUGUAUAUUGGAAACUUCCUGGCUACGGCUGGCUUAUCACGAUCACAGCUCCAUUCAUUAACGCUGUUGCAAAGCAUCUUGUGGAGGAACAUUAAAUUCGAGCAAUAUAUCCCUCUCGGAAUCAUAAAGGGUUAUUGUUUCACUUUCCAUCAUAAAUUCCAAUUGAAAAUGGCGCCCAAAAAUAUCAAACGACCACAAAGACUCACCUAUUUGAUGUGGGCGAAGCGAUCGCAUCGCGGUCGCCAAUGAUGACGUCAUCGAUGACGUUUCAGGGACUGCUCAUAACGACCGCGGCCUUAAGUGGAACGAGACAGAGGAUGUUGCGAUCAUUGCGAGCGUAAAGUGGAACGCACCCUUUGUAGUAUAAUUACUACAAUGUAACUUGAAGAUAGCCAAGAGAAAAACUCAGACAUUUGAAAAUCUAAAAAACAAAACACAAAAGCACUCUGCAAUUUGCCCUACAGGAUAUGCCUCGAGAUCUUUUUUUGGCACUACAAAGAAUCGACGCCAAUGUUGAACAGCUGACCUGUGUACGAUACUAUAAACGAGCUAUUAUCAAUGAGGAAAUUAUACAGACAGCUCAUUAUUGUAAAGUACUUAAAAUGGUCUAGCAAUUUUGUAAUUCUGAUUGACAGAGAAAUAUUUGAGAUCCUUAUAUUCAUUGUUCUACAAGUAAAAGGUGAUCUGAAGUGCUAUGCUAUUGGAAAUUAUUACGAACAAAAUAAUGUGUCUUUGGUAAAAGAGCGCCGUUUAGAUCAUAUGAUUUACAUUAAACAAAAAAUUUAUAAAUUAGCUGCUGUGGAAGUACCGGCAAUUUGAGAGAAAAUUACUUUUGUUGAGAUGCGUCAAAUAGAAAUGUCUGUCGCAUGCAUACACCCGAAUCAUUUUGAA